GAAAUUUCCCCAAACAAAGAGAGAGGGAGACACGCGUUUGUUUGCGUAGUGUAGGCACAAUUCUAGUAUUCUUAUCAGUUUCUGUGCAAAUAUUUAAUUUAAACUAAAUUAUUUUCAUUCAAUAACAAUCACAAAUAAGUGCAUAAUAUAUUGCAACUAUUUGUAAAGUGUUUCAAAUAAAUUUGUUGCCAGUUGUUGAUUUACCGUCAUCCAAUUGACUCGCGACCCAAGCAACAGGUAGAUCUGUUUGGCUUUUUACUCGCAGUUUUCAAUUCCAUCGAAUUUCGUUGUUUUAAAAAUAUUUUGUAUUACUGAUCUGCGUUCCCCUACGUAUUGUAAAUCAAAAUAUUUAAAAAAAAAAUCUUUUGAUCUUUCUGCUUUUUUUCAUUAAAUGUCGAUUGUCUCCACUAAACGUAAACAUGGGUGCAUGCUUUACACUGGAACGUGAUGAAGAAAUUAUGGCAAGAAAACGGAGCAAAGAAAUAGACCGUCAGCUUGAGGCUUCAGAAAGGCAACGACCAAAGGUUCUUAAAAUUUUGCUACUGGGUGCUGGCGAAAGUGGCAAAAGCACACUUGUUAAACAAAUGAAAAUAAUCCAUUCAGAUGGCUUUACCCCAAGUGAACUUCUUUCUUUUCGUCCAACAAUUCUCGAUAAUCUUCUCUCAUCAAUGAAGUAUGCCCUGGCUGGGAUGGGAAUUCUUCGUAUAAAUCUAGAAUACCCUUCAAAUCGCAUUUACGCUGAGAUUGUGCUCUCAAAUCCAAGUUGUUUUGAUAUGGAAUUUCGUGUUAUUGAUAAAGUGCGUAUCGCAUUGAAAAUACUUUGGAAAGAUCGCGGUGUUCGUUUAGUUGUCUCUCGAGGUUAUGACUUUGAAUUAAAUGAUUCAGCCUUAUAUCUCUUUGAAAACAUGGAACGUAUCCUAAGUGAAAAGUACUCUCCAACGUCCACAGAUGUUCUUCGAGCUAGAGUUCGCACAAAUGGUAUAAUUGAGACAAAUUUUCUCGUAAACGAUUCUGUUGUAAGCAUGUACGAUGUGGGUGGUCAGCGAUCGCAGCGUCGUAAAUGGGUUUACUGCUUUGAAGAUAUAAGAGCUGUGCUUUUUGUUGUAGCCCUAAGUGAAUACGACAUGACUCUUCUUGAGGACAACACCGUUAAUCGCCUUGUAGAAAGCUUAAAUUUAUUUGAGCAAAUAAUUAACAAUAGAUGGUUCAAAGAAGCUGCAUUUAUUUUGUUCCUUAAUAAACUGGAUCUAUUUCGCGAGAAGAUUAUGUGUACCAAUAGACACCUUCGUUUAUUUGUUCCAUCUUUCAGAGGUCCGGAUCGCAACAUUGACCAAGCAGCUCUCUUUAUCCAAAGUGAAUUUCUCAAACGCAAUCACAAUGCACGUCGAGUUAUAUGUCCGCAUUUUACCACUGCUACGGAUACAGCCAAUGUGCAGACAGUAUUUCAUGUCGUUAUGGAAACCGUGCUAAAAGAAAAUCUCGGUGCCGUUGCCCUUCUUUAAAUAAUACAAUCGAACAAAAUUUUUGCUAUGCCAAAUUUGAAAUAUUAAUAUUGUACCGUAAGUGUCCUUACAGCUAUUCUUCUAUUAGAAAGAUUUUCUGUUAUCAUAAUUAAAUAUUACAUACAAGAUUGAGAACUAUUAACUAUUUUUUAGAUCUCACUAUUAAUAAUUAUUUUGUGUAGCUAAUAGAUUAUUUUUUUAAUUAAUUU